AGCUCCGCAGGCGCGGCCUGAGGCGCUGGGCCCAGCGCUCCCGCUCGCUCCGGGCGGCCUCAGCGGCCCCGGCGGCCUCAGCGUCCCCGUUAGCUCCGCGCCCGGCCCCGCGCGGCCCGAAGCGCCGGGAGGAUGUCGCGGCCCGUCAGGAACAGGAAGGUGGUGGAUUACUCCCAGUUUCAGGAAUCAGAUGAUGCUGAUGAUGAUUAUGGAAGAGAUUCAGGUCCCCCAUCCAAGAAAAUCCGCUCAUCUCCCCGAGAGGCCAAAAACAAGAGGAGAUCUGGGAAGAAUUCUCAGGAGGACAGUGAGGACUCAGAAGACAAAGAUGUGAAGACCAAGAAAGAUGAUUCACACUCAGCAGAUGAAGAUUUUGGCAGCGAGGACGAUGACGUAGGAGCCGACGACGGCAAAGCCGACAGCGACUACGAGAGCUCCCAAAAAAGCAAAAAAGGAAAGAAGGCUAAACCAGACAAGAAUAAGAGAGCAGCCUCCAAAUCCAGGAAAAGGCCUGCAGAGGACAGCGAGGAUGAGAAGGAAGAUCACAAAAACGUCCGUCAGCAGCGGCAGGCGGCGUCCAAAGCAGCCUCCAAACAGAGGGAGAUGCUCAUGGAUGAUGUGGGGAGUGAGGAGGAGGAGCAGGAGGAUGAUGAGGCACAGUUCCAGGAGACAGAUUCAGGAAGUGAUGAAGACUUCCUCAUGGAAGAUGAUGAUGACAGUGACUAUGGCAGUUCAAAAAAGAAAAAUAAGAAGGUCUCCAAGAAAUCCAAGCCAGAGAGGAAAGAAAAGAAAAUGCCCAAGCCCAGGCUAAAGGCUACAGUGACCCCCAGCCCAGUGAAAGGCAAAGGGAAGGCAGGUCGCCCCACAGCUUCCAAGGCAACAAAAGAGAAAACCCCAUCCCCCAAAGAAGAGGAUGAAGAGCCUGAAAGUCCCCCAGAAAAGAAAAAAUCAGCCAGCCCUCCACCAGAAAAGUCAGGGGAUGAGGGAUCUGAAGAUGAAGCACCCUCUGGUGAAGAUUAAAAUGGCAGUUGAGGAAAAUCUUUGUUUAAAAAAAAAAAAGAGGAAAAAAAAAAAAAAAAAGAAAAAGGAAAAGAAAACAAUACUUAGGGGUAGAACACGGUUUUGGCUGUGGCUUGACUCAUGGGCUUUGAAUGCUGUCUUUCCUUUCAGCUGGUGAAUCCAGUGUCAUUCUUUUUUAAUAAGAGGAAACCCUUCCACAGGCAGAGUCGGAAGUCGAUGUUCUCUGUUGGCCAUUCCGUUCUCCCUCCCUGCCAAAUCUGAAAAGCCAUUUGAGACAAAUUCCCAGAGCUUUCAAUAUUUGAUUUGUUUUCAAGGGACACUGCAGUUGUGAAGCAAUAAGGUUUGAGACUGAUCUGUGGAAACCACACUUACCAAUCCUUAAGUAGAAUAGAUUUUUUCCCAGUGCUGGUAAGAGCUGUUUAAAACUAUUAUUCUGUAUUUGGAAUAUAUGGAAAAAAAAAAUAAUGAAGCUCUGCUUUAACAGGCUUUGAGAGGAGUUCACUCUCAGCAGAAAUGCAGUUGAGCUAAUUCCAGUGGAGAGGAUGGAGCACAGGGAGGAAUCCUGUGUUUCUUGGAUUCAGGCACGUUUUUCAUGGAAAGCAAUCAAGAAACUCGGAGAUGCUCCAGUGUCUUUGGUUUAGAACAGACCCUCCAGUCAGGAUGGGAGAUCUUCUGUCACAAAACUCUUCUGCUGUAGGCAAAUUGCAGCCCAUUCCAGAGAAAUUCAGCUAUUCAACCUACACCCUUCUUUUAUCCCUUCUGUAGAGGGGCAGAACAGGGAAGAGAAAUUGCAAAAUCAUUUUUAAAACUGCUCUCCAUUGGCUGUGGUGGAAAAUGUUUUUAUUCUACAUUUUUCCAAGGAAGGAAAAAACCCAAACCAAACAAAUGACCAGAUAAUGUAAAACAAAAUUCUUCAGCUUUUGGGGUGUGGGAUGUGCUGUGGGUGUGAGCAGAGGAUUGCUGCAGUGCUCUGCUCCCUGGAGGUGCCCCGAGUCAGCCCUGGCUGUUCCCUUCCCUCUCUCCCUCCUGGUGCCCUCAGCAGAGCCCCAGGGGUGCCUGGCACGGGGGCACAGCGGGCACUGGGCAGCCCGGGGGGGUCUGGGGGGUCAGCUCCCCUUAGACCUGGGGGGUCUGUGGGGUCAGCUCCCCUUCUGCCUGUAGGAUCAGCUCCUCAUCCUGGGGGUCAGCUCCCCUUCUGCCUGUAGGAUCAGCUCCUCAUCCUGUGGGAUCUAUUGGAUCAGCUCCUCACCCUUCCUGCAGGAUCUGUGGGGUCUGCUCCCCUUAGACCUGUGGGAUCAGCUCCUCCUCCUGUGGGGUCAGCUCCUCAUCCUGUGGGGUCUGUGGGUCAGCUCCCCACCCUUCCUGUGGGGUCUGUGGGCUCUGCUCCCCUCUGGGGUCUGUAGGAUCAGCUCCCCACCCUGUCUGUGGGAUCUGUUUCCCUCCUGCCUGUAGGAUCAGCUCUCCACCCCUCCUGUGGGAUUUGUGGGAUCUGCUCCCCUGUUUCCUGUAGGAUCAGCUCCUCCCCUCUCCUGUAGGAUCAGGUCCCCACCCUUCCUGUGGGAUCUGCUCCCCUGUUGCCUCUGGGGUCUGUAGGAUCAGCUCCCCACCUCUCCUGUGGGGUCAGCUCCUCUUCUGCCUGCAGGAUCAGCUCCUCCCCCCUCCUGUGAGGUUUGAGGGAUCUGUGGGAUCAUCAGCUCCUCACCCCUGUCUGUGGGAUCAGUUUCCCUCCUGCCUGUGAGGUUUUCUCCUCACCCCUCCCUGUGGGAUCUGCUCCCACCCUGCUUCUGGGAUCUGUGGAGUCAGCUCCUCACCCUCGCUGUGGGCUCUGUGGGAUCAGCUCCCCAAUUCUGUGGGAUUUGUGGGAUCAGCUCCCCAGUUCUGUGGGAUUUGUGGGCUCUGUAGGAUGAGCUCCCCAGUUCCUGUGGGCUCUGUGGGAUCAGCUCCCUGUUCCUGUGGGCUCUGUGGGAUCAGCUCCCCAGUUCCUGUGGGCUCUGUGGGAUCAGCUCCCCAGUUCUGUGGGAUUUGUGGGCUCUGUAGGAUGAGCUCCCCAGUUCCUGGGGGAUUUGUGGGAUCAGCUCCCCAGUUCCUGUGGGCUCUGUAGGAUCAGCUCCCCAGUUCCUGUGGGAUUUGUGGGAUCAAAUCCCCAGUUCUGUGGGAUUUGUGGGCUCUGUGGGAUUUGUGGGCUCUGUGGGAUCAGCUCCCCCAUUCCUGUGGGCUCUGUGGGAUCAGCUCCCCUAUUCCUGUGGGAUCAGCUCCCCUUUCCUGUGGGCUCUGUGGGAUCAGCUCCCCCGUUCCUGUGGGAUUUGUGGGAUCAGCUCCCCUUUCCUGUGGGAUCAGCUCCCCGUUCCUGUGGGAUUUGUGGGAUCAGCUCCCCCAUUCCUGUGGGCUCUGUGGGAUCAAAUCCCCAGUUCUGUGGGAUUUGUGGGCUCUGUGGGAUUUGUGGGAUCAGCUCCCCUUUCCUGUGGGAUUUGUGGGAUCAAAUCCCCAGUUCUGUGGGAUUUGUGGGAUCAAAUCCCCAGUUCUGUGGGAUUUGUGGGCUCUGUGGGAUUUGUGGGCUCUGUGGGAUCAGCUCCCCCUUUCCUGUGGGCCCUGGGCUCGGGGCUGCAGCAGCUGCAGGGCUCUUGGGAGCUGGGGCAGUCCCUGGCCCAGCAGGACCUCGUGCUGCCAUUUCAAUCUGCUUUUAUCCAGGCACCCAGAUCCUUCCCUUAAAGUUUUGACUCCCUGAAGCUCCUGAAGCUCCCCAAACCUUCCACCCCUCACACAGCUCCUGCCACGUUUGCUGGUGGAAACAUUAAAAACUGGACCUGCCUUUUCUGGUUUGAUUUUUUCCUCAAACCCUCUGUGCUUCUGUCUGUUGCUCCCCUCCUCUUCCAGCUGCCAAGCUUUGCAUCCUUCUUGGGCUUUUUGCUUUUUAUUUUUGUGUCCCCGAGCUGCCCGUGCUGUCAGCAGCCUCUGGGAGGUGGCACAAGGCAGCUCGUGGAUGAGUUGGGAUUUCUGGUGGCAGCAGCUUCUGAAUCCUUUGGGGAUUUUGGAGAUUUCCUAGAGGUGAAGCUCUAAAAACGAUCAGGAAGGACCCUGAGUCCAGCUCAGGUGGGGUGUGGAAUAUUCCAGCAUUGUCCUGUGGGAUUCCCUGGCUUUUAUUGAGGCUGGCAAAUUCCUUCACCUUCUAAAAAUUGAACUCCUCUGACCUUGACUCUCCUGGAAUUACUGUUGCAGUUACAAUAAAGAUGAUGUUGUUUCAUUGGAAA